GGGGAGUGGGCUCAGGGUGGGCACACCUGGGGUCUCCCAGAUGGAGAUGCAGGCCACCGCCUCUGCUGCUAUGGGGCCCCGCAGGGCUUCCAGAACCAGAGAGCAGGGGCCAGCCACCAGGUCAGGUUGGGCUGGGCAGGCACCACGGGCUCCCAGGGCCCAGGAGAGGUCCAGGACACGGUCCUGGGAGGCUGGACCCUGGCCCGUCUCAGGCAGCACCGCUUUGGGGCUCCGGCCAUCGUCCUUGGGAUCCGGUGCCACCUUCAGCUUCCUGUCCCCAGCUGUAGCAGUCGGAGCCCAGGGCCACCAUCGAUGAGGUAGAGACAGACGUGGUUGAGACCGAGGCCAAACUGGACAAGCUGGUCAAGCUGUGCAGCAGCAUGAUCGAAGCCGGCAAGGCCUACGUGGCCACCAACAGGCUCUUCGUGAGCGGCGUCCGAGAUCUGUCCCAGCAGUGCCAGGGCGACGCGGUCAUCUCGGAGUGCCUGCAGAGGUUCGGCGACAGCCUGCAGGAGAUGGCCAACUACCACAUGAUCCUGUUUGACCAGGCCCAGAGGUCUGUGCGGCAACAGCUCCACAACUUUGUCAGAGAGGACGUGCGGAAGUUCAAGGAGACCAAGAAGCAGUUUGACAAAGUGCGGGAGGAUGUGGAGCUGUCGCUGGUGAGGAACGCCCAGGCCCCCAGGCACCGCCCCCAUGAGGUGGAGGAGGCCACCGGCGCCCUCACCCUCACCCGCAAGUGCUUCCGCCACCUAGCGCUGGACUAUGUGCUCCAGAUCAACGUCCUGCAGGCCAAGAAGAAGUUUGAGAUUCUGGAUUCUAUGCUGUCCUUUAUGCACGCCCAGCACAGCUUCUUUGGCCAGGGCUACAGCCUCCUCCAGCAGCUGGACCCCUACAUGAAGAAGCUGGCCGCCGAGCUGGACCAGCUGGUGAUCGACUCUGCUGUGGAGAAGCGCGAGAUGGAACGCAAGCACGCCGCCAUCCAGCAGCGGACGCUGCUGCAGGACUUCUCCUACGAGGAGUCCAAAGUGGAGUUUGACGUGGACGCACCCAGCGGCGUGGUCAUGGAGGGCUACCUCUUCAAGAGGGCCAGCAACGCCUUCAAGACGUGGAAUCGGCGCUGGUUCUCCAUUCAGAACAGCCAGCUGGUCUACCAGAAGAGACUCAAGGACGCGUUGACCGUGGUGGUGGACGACCUCCGCCUGUGCUCCGUGAAGCCAUGUGAGGACAUGGAGCGCAGGUUCUGCUUCGAGGUGGUGUCGCCCGCCAAGAGCUGCAUGCUGCAGGCCGACUCUGAGAAGCUGCGCCAGGCCUGGGUUCAAGCCGUGCAGGCCAGCAUCGCCUCUGCCUACCGCGAGAGCCCGGACAGCUGCUACAGUGAGAGGCUGGACCGCACAGCGUCCCCGUCCACCAGCAGCAUCGACUCGGCCACGGACUCCCGGGAGCGCAGCGCCAAGGGCGAGAGCGCGCUGCAGCGCGUGCAGAGUGCGGCGGGGAACGGCCAGUGCGGCGACUGCGGCCAGCCGGACCCCCGCUGGGCCAGCAUCAACCUGGGCGUCCUGCUCUGCAUCGAGUGCUCGGGCAUCCACAGGAGCCUGGGCGUCCACUGCUCCAAGGUGCGGUCCCUGACGCUGGACUCGUGGGAGCCCGAGCUGCUGAAGCUCAUGUGUGAGCUCGGAAACAGCGUGGUGAACCAGAUCUACGAGGCCCAGUGUGAGGGCCUGGGCAGCAGGAAGCCCACGGCCAGCAGCUCCAGGCAGGACAAGGAGGCGUGGAUCAAGGACAAGUACGUGGAGAAGAAGUUCCUGCGGAAGCUGCCCACCGCCCCAGCCCGGGAGGCCCCCCGGCGCUGGCGCGCGCAGAAACAGCGGCGCCCCAACCACUCGCCCCACGCCCCCGCCACUCGCCGCAAGGGUCGGCUGGAGCCGGUGCCGCCCUCCGUGGCCGCUCUGUCCUCAGCCGCCGCUCUGGAGCGCAGGUUCCGCCGGGACUCCCUCUUCUGCCCGGACGAGCUGGACUCUCUGUUCUCCUACUUCGACGCAGGGGCCGCUGGGGCUGGGCCGCGUAGUCUGAGCAGCGACAGCGGCCUGGGGGGCAGUUCGGACGGCAGCUCCGACGUGCUGGCCUUCGGCGCGGGCUCCACAGUGGACAGCGUCACAGAGGAGGAGGGUGCGGAGUCCGAGGAGUCCAGUGGCGAGGUGGACGGUGACGCCGAGGCCGAGGCCUGGGGCCUGACGGACGUGCGAGAGCUGCACCCGGGGCUGCUGGCGAACCGCGCGGCUCGCACCCGGGACCUCCCCGCGCUGGCCGCGGCGCUGGCCCAAGGGGCAGAGGUCAACUGGGCGGAUGCAGAGGACGAGGGCAGGACGCCGCUGGUGCAGGCCGUGCUGGGGGGCUCUCUGAUCAUCUGCGAAUUCCUCCUGCAAAACGGAGCGGACGUGAACCAAAGAGACAGCCGGGGCCGGGCGCCCCUGCACCACGCCACGCUCCUGGGCCGAACGGGCCACGUCUGCCUGUUCCUGAAGCGGGGCGCGGACCAGCACGCCCUGGACCACGAGCAGCAGGACCCGCUGAGCAUCGCGGUGCAGGCAGCCAACGCCGACAUCGUCACGCUGCUCCGUCUGGCGCGCAUGGCAGAGGAGAUGCGGGAGGCUGAGGCGCCCCCGGGCCAGCCGGGCCCCCUGGCGGGCAGCAGCCCCACGGAGCUCCAGUACCGCAGGUGCAUCCAGGAAUUCAUCGUUCUGCACUUGGGGGAGAGCUAGGGCGGCUGGGGACUCCCAUGGCCCCUGGCCGGCAGUGGGGGGCUCUGCCUGCCUGCUUUUCCCGUCUUGCACUGCCCCGACCCCAGGGGCGGGAGAGGGACCCUGGCCCUGAGCCUUCCGAAGCCCCGGGGUCCCCCAGCUGGUGCUGUGUCGUCUGGUGCCCCCCACCCGCCCUGGGGGCCUUCUGUCCUCAGGUGACCCCUCCUCCUGCGAACCGGGUUGCUCUAGUCACAAACCACUCACAGCGGUGUGGCCUUGCGCCCACCUGCCCUGCCUGCUGGGUCUCCUCCGGCCCCUCCAGAGGCCCCUCGUGUAGGCCUGGGCUGGUGGCUGGCCGCCAGCAAGCCAGGGGCAGGAGGCAGCCCAUCGGGGACCCAGCCCCAGGACCUCACUGAGUGACCCCAGCACGGGCAGGACGCUGGCGUCCCGAGGGCCCGGGGCUGGCUGCCCAGGACUGGUGCCGGGCAGCCCCACACCUAUGCCUGCCUCCUCCUCGCCCACUGCCCGCCCACAGCCCCCGGGUGCCGCCCGCCCGGGACGACGCUCUGUUACAGGCCGGCCGGGUUUUCUACAAAGACCUCCUUCUGACUUAGUCUUGCGUCUUUUCUCUGUGGGCCCCUGAGGGCCCCCGGACGCUGGCCCUGCCUGCCACAGGUCGGGGGCGGGCUGCCGUUCCGCCUCCGCCCUGGGCUGGGCCUUUGCUCACCAUGCGGGACCACCGAUGCCUUCACUUUCCUGCCUCCUGAAAGGAGCUCUGCCCAGCCACGGCCCUUGGUCAGGCCAAGGCCCAUCAGCUGGUCACUAUGCAAAUGCUGCCCAGAGAGACGCCAUGGGCUGCCAGGUGGGCGCUAGGCCAGGCCCCAGCUCCUGGCCUGCUGGCUGUAGCCUCGAAGAGCAGAGUCGACGCCCCCUCCCUGCCUGAGCUCCACCCCCUCGCACCCUGCUUGGCCCUGGGCUGGCUGGCGAUCCCUCCCCCUGCCGGUCACCCACCGUCAAUAAACCUGUGCCACUUGCA